CAAUGGAAUUCAACCCCUCAUCAACUCGGUUUCUUUUCAUCAUCAGACAUAAAGUCCUUCAAAAUCCCAGUGAAACGAAGUGCACCUCACCGUAACGCAAUGGAGAGUGGAUCGUGCAACUGCUGCAAGAGUGAAUUGGAACUCAUCACCAGAGAUCUAUUCAACGAGCUUAAUAACAGAGCAAAGAGACUAUCCUUACGUCUUCGGAAACGACUUGAGAGUUUGUCUCGUUCCGUCCGCAAGGCAGUGACGGAGCAAAUAGAGGACGACUGUACGCCACUGUAUCGCGCCUGUUACAGAGACAAAAUUGAGAUGGUAAAGUAUUUAGUAGAAGUGUGCGAUGCUGACAUCGAACUGAAGUGUAGGUUCCGUUGUUGCGAAUUCUAUGAGGCGAGGAGUUGCACUAGACCAACGAUUGACAGAUACACGCCGCUUUGUUUUGCCUGCAAAUUCGGAUGCUAUUCCACCGUGAAAUACUUGAUCCAGCAGGGUAGUAAAGUGAAUGACCGCACCCAAUGCGGCACAACGCCGCUACUAGCCGCCUGCAGCUAUCCGAGCAUCGACGUAGUACAAUACCUAAUAGCACACGGAGCGGAUGUCCAUGCUAAGGAUUACAACGGUACGACUGGUCUGAUGUUUGCGGUCGAGUCGCUGCAGUUGUGUAAAUACUUGAUCGCGAAAGGAGUAGACAUCACAGCGCGUGAUGUGGACGGCAAAACGGCUCUGCACUAUGCGAUUGAGAGUAAAAAUUUAGAAACUACCAAACUGCUGCUAGAUCACGGAUCAGACCCGUACCUUCAAAGCCGUGACAGAGGCGAUGCUCUGUGUACAGCGGCCAUCGUGGGGGCAACUGAUAUACUAUACCAUCUCAUCGACCGGUUCAAAUGGCUGCUGGGGAGGCUAGCCUCAGCUCUCGAGUUGCUUGGGUCAAGUCUGAUCGGUUCUAAUCCCACAGCAGCAAACGAGGUAGUACAUCACUGGCGAAAAGCUUGCCUCUUUCGAUCGUAUCAUGUUCUGCUCCGAAAGCGGCGAAUACAAUCCGCCUUCAGUCAACACAUCGAAUUUGAAUCUUUCACUGAGUUGAGGCAGAUUUCCGCAAAUCAGGAUGCGAUACGAGUGCAAGGAAUAUUAAUUCGUGAAAGAAUACUGGGCAAUGGACACGAGGACUAUUCGUCGUAUUUGUUGAAACAAAAUGAUAUUCCACGUCGGAUAUCUCGCAUCGAAAUGUGGAUUGAGUUGCUAGAGAUUCGGAUCACUGCUUGUACCGUAUUGCACUCCGACAGCUGUCAUAUCGCAUGGGCAAUUAUAUUGUUCUGGCUAGAUUCGAUGAAUGAAUCACGUCUGCCGAAAUUUAACUGUGUUUUAUCUAUGUUCGAACUGCUGGUACCAAAUAUCAUCGAAGUCCGCAGCCAGCUUAACAUUGAACCGUUCCACCUCGACCACAAUCAUAACUUCGAUUAUAUGGUCAGAUGUCUAUUGCAUCUUCUAUACAUUUCACUCGUCUUAGCCAAAGAUGAGGACGAGCAUAUAGCGAUUGAUACCUGGGUUCGGCAUCUGAUCCAUCAUGAUGUACGACACAAGUUCGGCGACUGGACUUUGCUGCAUCUAUCCGUCAUGAAGCCGAGACUGUUCUUGAGCAAAUAUUACGACUAUAGGGGACCACAUACAGAAUCGCUAUUUCCGAAUGUAAACGUGGUUGAACGGCUGCUGAAAUGUGGAAUGCCGGUAAAUAUAUACGAUUGUAAUAAAGCUGCGCCAAUACUGCAUGCCUCCAUACCACGUAACUACAAACGAGAGGUGUUCCAAGUCCUGCUCAAUCACGGUGCCCAUGUGUGUUUUCCAAAUUUGGACGGCCACCUGCCGUCGGAUUAUAUCGCGGAAAACCCGGAAAACGACACCCCGCUGAUUGAGUACAUCACACUGAAAUGUAUCGUCGCGAAAAAGAUCAUUGCGUCGGGUGUCCCGUUCUGGAGGCAACUCCCCAAAACUAUGUGGAGCUUCAUCUGGGCGCACGGAAAUGCUCCUGAAUGGGGCAGUCUACAAUGCACCAACGGCUCUUGCCUUUACCCUUCCGAUGAUUGAGCAUCAGAACCGGAAGAGUACCAAAUAAAUCCUCGCACGGUCGAGCGAUACACGAGUUUAGAUUCUAGGAAAUUGUUAAGAAACCUCAAAUCCGAAACUCUCUGCCAAUGCAAUGAGAAUUCCAGAUAAACCUAAGAAGGUUAAAUACAAAGAUUAACUCGAAAGAAAAA